AAUAUAUAAGGAUCCAUGAUCAUCCGUCCAUCACAACAUCCUGGAAUUAUCUUACCUUAAACUAUCUGGCCAUUUUGUUCAACAUACACCACCAAUAUGUUUUCUUUAUCAAGCUCACCCUUCCAACUCUUAUGUUGCCUAAUAGUGUUAUUCAUUCUCCCUCUUCCUUCACGUUCGGCCGAUCCUGAUCCUUUACAGGACUUCUGUGUUGCAGACUUGAAUUCCUCCGUAUCAGUUAAUGGCUUCCCCUGCAAACCUGCUGAACAAGUAGUUUCGGAUGAUUUUUUCUUCGAUGGGCUGCGCAAAGAGGGAAACACAUCAAAUAUCUUCGGAGCGACAGUGACUUCAGCUAAUGUUUUCACGUUUCCAGGGCUCAAUACGCUGGGGCUUUCAACGAACCGAGUAGACUUUGCCCCCGGUGGAAUCAACCCACCUCAUUCACACCCCCGUGCAUCUGAGACAGGUGUUGUGAUUGUAGGAAAGCUGCUGGUAGGAUUUGUAACAGGUGACAACGUGUUUCACUCAAAGGUUUUGAGUCCUGGGGAGAUGUUUGUGAUUCCAAGAGGACUGGUUCACUUCCAACUAAACGUUGGGGAAGGAAAGGCUCUUGCUUUUACAUCUUUCAACAGUCACUUCCCUGGUGUUGUGAUUUCUUCCACAAGUCUCUUCGGUUCAACGCCGUCAAUUCCUAAUGCGGUGUUGACCAAAGCCUUCCAGGUGGGAGAUGAUGUAAUCAAUGGGAUCAGAUCCAAGUUUGGUUCUUAACCAUUUCUCAACUUCAUGCAUUUUCAAGAUUGUUUCAUGUUAAUUUGCUUCUUCACCAUCCUUCAACCUCUCAGAAGUGAUGGAUCAUUUAUUGUUUUAUAAUAAUAAAUCAUUGCGAUUGCAGUAGUCUGUCAACGUAUGUAUGUGUACUGAACAGUGAAUAAGAAGAAUAAGAUUAAAUAAAGCUUUUGUUAAUCUCA